UAUGAUCAAUCUUAUAGAAAAAUAAAUUGAUAAAGACUCAAUUCUUUAACAUAUUUAUAAAAUGAACAACUAUUAUCCUAAACAAUAUGAAUUAGAAAAUAGUAUUUGUAACAUCAGAAAGUACCUCAGUUCCUUUCGAAUAAAAUACUAUGUGAUCUAUUAAAAAUUUCUAAUCUAGAUUGAAAGGAUCUGCAUUUACUAAACAUUUAAUAAAAGAAGGUUUAAUUGUCUUAUAUACUAUUGCAGACAAUAAGGACUAAAGACCAUUUACUAGUAUAAAAACUCAUUAAAGCUGGACAUGAUUGAUAAAAUCUUUACAUUUUUAAGAUAAGAAUUAAAUAAACUUAAACAAUUUUAACUUAUUUAUAAAACUAAACUCUAAAAAUAUUUUAUGUCUGUGUAAUGGAGUAUUUUUAGGUUGUAAUAAAAUCCAUGAUAAUCUUUUAAAGAAUUGAAAUUAAUUUUCAUAAAGUCAGAUUUACAUAUAGUUUAUGUAGUUAGUUAAUGAUUAUUAAAUUCAAAAAAUAUAUGUAUCAAAGCAUAAGAUAAAUUAGAAUUAGAGUUAUUGGCAAGUAUUAGAAGAUUCUAAGAUCUGAAAAUAUAUUAGAAGGAGAAAAUAAUUUCUUUUAAAUUCGAAAUAAAUUAUGA